GAAUGAUAGCGUUUGAUGUAUUGACUACAGAGUUUGGCCGACGAAUCUAAUAGGAAGCAUUCGCAAGCAGGGUGGGCGGAAAGGGGGAGACGUCGUGAGCCUGAGCCACAUGGAAUCCGAGUCCAUAGAAAAACCAGAGCCAACCGGCUGGGCUUCCAAAGCGUGGGCUCUACUCUCGGCUGUACGGAGCCAGUCACCGCUCAUCCAAUGCAUAACCAACUUCGUCUCCAUGGAUCUGAUGGCCAACACACUCCUAUCCGCCGGGGCGUCGCCGGCGAUGAUCCACUCCAUCGUUGAGAUCCCGGACUUCACCCCUCACGCCAACGCGCUCUGCAUCAACGUGGGCACGCUCUCCCCCGACUGGCUACCCGCCAUGAAGGCCGCAGCCGAGUUGACCUGCAGGACCGGAAAGCCUUGGGUUCUCGACCCGGUCGCUGCCGGGGCUUCUGGUUUCCGGUUAAGGGCUUGUUUGGAGCUCGUGGAGCUUAAACCUACCGUUAUCCGAGGAAAUGCGUCCGAGGUUAUUGCGCUCUCCAAGGCCUCUGUUGGACCCACGAAGGGUGUAGACAGCUCGCACGAGUCCACUGAUGCAGUGGAUGCAGCGAAGUCAUUGUCUAAAGCAAGCGGUGCCAUAGUUGCGGUGUCUGGAGCUGUUGACAUUAUUACAGAUGGGGAGUUGGUUGUUGGUGCGCACAAUGGAGUGGCUAUGAUGCAAAGAAUUACAGCAACUGGAUGUUCUGUCACUGCUCUCAUUGCUGCCUUUGUUGCUGUUGAUCCUUCACAUGCUUUUGAAGCAACAGCUUCGGCACUAUCCGUAUUUGGGAUUGCUGGUGAGAUGGGAAUGAAGAUGGCCAAUGGUCCAGCUUCAUUGCGAAUGCAUAUGAUCGAUUCACUCCAUGGGCUUGAUGAGGCUGAUGUGCUUUCUCGCGUUAACAUAACCGGCUACCGAUAAAAAAAAAAAAAAAAUUGAUACAUGAGAGCUGUAUGUAUGAUGGACAGUGAUCCUUAGCAAUGUCUCGGCACCAUCUGUGACAUGUUGACCUGAAGGUAUGAGUGAUCGUACUUCUGCAACCCCAUAAGCACUCUUAAACUUGCCUGUCCCUCCUGUCACUGACAAAUAUGAUACAGUACUCCCAAUUUUGUAUACUCCAUAGAAGUUGAGGUUGUCAUUAUAUUCCCCUCCUUCAAUCAUAGCCGUAAAUGCCAUCAUCUGGCUGGUUCCAUCUGCAGAGCUUGCCACGUAAACUCCUUGAGCUUUCCCCAAUGUUUGUGACCCCAAAUCUGGACUGGAGGUUAAUAUGUCAUCGAUGACUGUAAUUGUUCCGAAGCCUAGCCCCAACCCAUCAGGUCCAAGUUGGGUCUGAGGUAGAUUUUGAUUGUUUGUGCUUCCUGCAAAAGUGGUGCCAGCUAAGCCGGUUCCUAGUGGGAGACCAUUGACACCAUUGACGGUUGGAAGUGCACCAUUUGCGUUGGGGAUGGCAACCCCGCUUGGAGGUAUAAACCCUAUCUGCUUCGCAAAUGGCACCUGACCAUUGUAGAUAUUACCUAGCAAGCCAGUGAUUGGCCUAGCUGUAGGGUUACUGCCCCCAAGAAUGUCGUGCAUGUAUAGCUCAAGGAUUGGUUCUUCUUUGGUGGCUGCUGCAGGAUCAACUGCAUCAAUGUUGCUUACCAUGUGCACAGUUGCAAUUAGUAUUAGGAUGAAAAUAGAAGGUGAAAACUGCUUGAACAUUUUGAAGUGUGUAUAUCUGAGGGUUAUCAGAUCUGUGAGAAUUGAAAGAUGAAAGAUGAAAGAUUGAUGAGUACUGAUAAUGCAAGCAGCCUGUGCAUCUUGCUUCUUAUAUACAGAGGGCAUAGCCAGCUUAAGAUGGAGUUGUUGUAGAAUGUGGUGAAGUUGUUGAAUCGGUGUUAGUUAUGGGAAACUAUUUUUAUUUAAGGUGUAUUAGCUACUGAUAAAAAAAAUGGCUUUUUAUUUAA